GUGUGAUUAUGACACACCCAAGAUGGCCGCCUUUCGCGUCCGUCAGUGUGUAGGAAUGUGGUGGGCGGGGCUUUUGGCGCUGGUGGCAAAGUUUGGGAAUGAUAGAAAGGCUAUUGAAGAUAAUCGCGGAGAAGAGCUGGAAUGCUACUGCUUUGCGAAUUACAGUAACAUUUAAACGUUGUUUUCUGUAAGCACCCAACACUAGUGCUUGGAUUCAUCAGGAUCUAAAUAAAGGUACGCAAUCCUGAGACAUGUCGGAGGACCUGAGCUCCCAACCCUGGUCCAUCAACAAGGAUGACUAUGAGCUGCAGGAGGUGAUCGGGAGUGGAGCUACGGCUGUGGUCCAGGCUGCCUACUGUGUGCCCAGGAAGGAGAAGGUCGCCAUCAAACGCAUCAAUCUGGAAAAAUGUCAGACAAGCAUGGAUGAGCUCCUGAAAGAGAUUCAGGCAAUGAGCCAGUGUCACCAUCCCAACAUUGUGUCGUACUACACAUCGUUUGUGGUGAAGGAUGAGCUGUGGUUGGUCAUGAAGCUGCUCAGUGGUGGUUCAGUGUUAGACGUGAUAAAGCACAUCAUUUCAAAGGGGGAACACAAGACCGGUGUGCUGGAUGAACCCAGUAUAGCUACGGUGCUGAAAGAGGUCCUUCAGGGUCUGGAGUACCUCCACAAAAAUGGCCAGAUCCACAGGGAUCUUAAAGCUGGAAACAUCCUGCUGGGGGAGGACGGGUCAGUGCAAAUCGCAGAUUUUGGAGUAAGUGCCUUCUUAGCCACUGGUGGUGACAUGACUCGAAAUAAAGUGCGGAAGACGUUCGUGGGAACGCCAUGUUGGAUGGCUCCAGAGGUGAUGGAGCAGGUGAAAGGUUACGACUUCAAAGCAGACAUCUGGAGUUUUGGGAUCACAGCCAUCGAACUGGCCACAGGCUCCGCUCCUUACCACAAAUACCCUCCUAUGAAGGUGUUGAUGUUGACCCUGCAGAAUGAUCCACCUUGCCUUGAGACUGGAAUCGCAGACAAAGAGAUGGUGAAGAAAUACGGGAAGUCCUUGAGGAAGAUGAUCUCGUUGUGUUUGCAGAAGGAGCCAGAGAAAAGGCCAACAUCAUCAGAACUCUUAAAACAUAAAUUCUUCCAGAAAGCCAAGAAUAAUGAAUUCCUGCAGGAGAAAUUAUUACAUAGAGCACCUACAAUUACAGAGAGAGCGAGAAAGGUACGGCGAGUUCCUGGCUCCAGUGGGAGACUCCAUAAAACAGAAGAUGGAGAGUGGGAAUGGAGCGAUGAUGAACUGGAUGAGGAGAGCGAGGAGGGCAGAGCUGCUGUUGCUGCCUUACGGUCACCAAGAGUAAAAGAAGGGCUCCAGACUGCAGAGAUAUUCCAGCCUUUCGGCAGUCAUCUCCAGCCUGAACUACCUCAAGCUGCUGGCCAGGGCUCGGCCAACACUCAACACACUGCCCCAACUACAACCCCAUCACAGCCACAGCCUGCGCAGGCCCCAGGAAGUGAUGCUUCCCAGUCCCCCAUCAGUUUAGUAUUAAGGUUAAGAAACUUGAAAAAGGAGCUGAAUGACAUACGAUUUGAGUUCAUGCCUGGCAGAGACACAGCAGAUGGGGUUUCUCAGGAGCUGGUAUCGGCUGGUUUGGUAGAUGGCCGAGAUUUAGUUAUAGUGGCUGCUAAUUUGCAGAAGAUAGUUGAAGAGCCUCAUUCCAAUAAAAAUGUCACAUUUAAACUGGCCUCUGGUGUUGAAGGCUCUGAGAUUCCUGAUGAUGUCAAACUCUUGGGAUUUGCUCAGCUCAGCAUUAGCUAAACUUUGGCUCUGUGCGGGACCAUGACUUGCCUACAAAUGUGAAAACAAACCAACACUACCAACAGAAUGACACAUUGAUAUUUUUUUCCUCUCUCAAUUGCCCUCAAGAAACCACUGUUGCCAAAGAGAAAAGUACCAUUGCUCAACCCAUAGGAUUUCAAACGGCCCAUCGGCAGAGUUGCACAAAGAUGAAAUUGAUCAGAAUUUGUAGGAAUCCAUUAAAAUAAAGUUUACGAUUUAUUCGUACAAGGAUGCCGUUAUCGUAACCAGAUAUAACCUUAAUGCUCUUUUAAUGUUUCUCUUUCUUUUCCUCUUUUAUGUUUGUUCUAUUUUUGCACAUUCUGAACUGACACCCAAAAAAUGAAAUGUAAAAAUGCCUCCAAUUUAACUACUGAGUGCAUGUGAGGAGAGUGGUGUUAAUAGAGGAAAUGAGUGAAUGGGUUUGCAGUAGCUAUAGAAUUUUUUUUUUUUUUUACUUGUAUUUUUUCUAUGCCUUUAAAGAGAAGCCGCUAGCAUGUUUUACCAGACCGCUUGCAUUAUUUACCUAGGUUCAUUUAAACCAGCUUGAUGAACAUUUAUAGAGUCUGGUUUAGAAAUUUCAGAGAUUAUGGUUGCGCUCAAAAACAACCUUUCCGCCUGUUAUUCAGAGAGUCUGAUUCCUUCAUUGUACACUGGCUAGUUUCAAUACAAACACAAAUAUCCUUUAGUUCAAAUGCAACACACAUUCGCUGAAUAAGAUUAAAUUAUCUAUUCAGUGUCACUGAGGCUCGACGAACACUCCUAAAGUCUGGUUUAUUUUGCUGCUUUUCCCUUGUUUAUUUUAUUUGUGUGUGUGUGUGUGUGUGUGUGUGUGUGUGUGUGUGUGUGAGUGAGUGAGUGAGUGAGUGUGUGUGUGCUCAACAGGGCACAUUUGCAAAUGUUACUAUCCCACGCUGCUCUAAAAGUUAUUGCCUUAAUGUUUCUACACAUUUCUGCAUCAACCAUAUCUCUCCUUUUUUUAGAUUUCACAUUAAUUUGUGCAUUUUGGUUUUAAGUUUUUGAUUAUAUCUGUCACUUCUUCUCAUUUUUUAUAAGUCUCUGUUUAAGCGAUUAAGAUUUUCGAAAAAGGUAGAAGUACGUGAGGUACCUGAUGAAACUUUGGUGUUUGUUUUUUUUUUCUGUUCUGGAAUUGAAUUCUUAAGUAUUCAUGUGUAUUUCUGAUCUCGAUUGAACAUGUAAAUAAUAUAAUUUGCCAUUGGUUUGAUUUUAUAUGGGAUAUUUGUCUCAUGGCCUAUGUGUUCUUCAUAAAUACGGUGAUGGGAGGUGGUGUCGGUCACAAAAGACACAUUGUGAGUUUUGUUGGUUUGUCUGUUUGUCUAUGAGGGUGCCUAUAAUCACAGCGGGAUCUUAGGUGGCCUAUAUUUGCCUGAUGUUUCCAGCAGGUCUGUCCUAAACUGCUGAAGUUCUCCUUAGAAUUUAUGUGAGAGGUUGUUUACUUCACUCAAGAAAUCUCAUUAAACAUAUCGCUACCUGUGUGCAAGAACA